AUUUGGUUGACCAGCUUUCUUUUCAUUAUCAGAUACCCUUUUGUCAGCAAAUCAAGCCCCAAUCGUAUUUUUGAUGAUAUUAGUAAAGAAUCAAUUUGUAAUAUUAUUCAAAUUAUUCAACAAGAGCAGUGGGAUGACAAUAGGAUUAUCUGUUUGUUUGACUCGGCGCUGGCGCCCAUAUGGAAAGGGGAUCCAAGGUUAACUUUGCGGUUCUUCAAAUGGGCGGGAACCCGAAUCGGGUUUUGCCACACCACGGAGUCAUAUUGUAUCUUGGUCCAUAUUUUGUUUUAUGCGAGAAUGUACUUCGACGCCAAUAGGAUUAUUAGAGAGUUAGUUUUGUUGAGGUGGGUUUUGCCAGGUUGCCAUGUGUUUGACGUAUUGUGGUCGACAAGGGGUGUUUGUGUUCCAGGGUUUGGUGUGUUUGAUGCUUUAUUUAGUGUUGUAACUGAGCUAGGAAUGCUGGAGGAAGCGAGCGAGUGUUUUUUGAGGAUGGAGAAGUACAGGGUUUUGCCAAAAGCUCGGUCUUGUAAUGAACUUUUGCAUAGACUUUCAAAGUCAGGGAAGAGGGAAUUGUCGAGGAAGUUUUUUAAAGAUAUGGUUGGGGCUGGAAUUAGUCCUUCGGUUUUCACAUAUAAUAUAAUGAUAGACAAUAUGUGCAAAGGAGGAGAUUUGGAAGCUUCUAGAAGCUUGUUCGAAAAAAUGAAACAAAUUGGCCUUAUGCCCGAUGUUUUCACAUAUAAUAUAAUGAUAGGCAAUAUGUGCAAAGGAGGAGAUUUGGAAGCUGCUAGAAGCUUGUUCGAAAAAAUAAAACAAACUGGCCUUAUGCCCGAUGUUGUCACAUAUAAUUCUCUUAUUAAUGGAUAUGAAAAGGCAGGCAAGAGGGAAUUGUCGAGGAAGAUUUUUAAAGAUAUGGUUGGGGCUGGAAUUAGUCUUUCGAUUUUCACAUAUAAUAUAAUGAUAGACAAUAUGUGCAAAAGAGGAGAUUUGGAAGCUGCUAGAAGCUUGUUUGAAAAAAUGAAACAAACUGGCCUUGUGCCCGAUGUUUUCACGUAUAAUAUAAUGAUAGACAAUAUGUGCAGAGGAGGAGAUUUGGAAGCUGCUAGAAGCUUGUUCGAAAAAAUGAAAAAAACUAGCCUUAUGCCCGAUGUUUUCACGUAUAAUAUAAUGAUAGACAAUAUGUGCAGAGGAGGAGAUUUGGAAGCUGCUAGAAGCUUGUUCGAAAAAAUGAAACAAACUGGCCUUAUGCCUGAUGUUAUCACAUAUAAUUCUCUUAUUGAUGGAUAUGAAAAGACAGGCAAGAGGAAAUUGUCGAGGAAGUUUUUUGAAGAUAUGGUUGGGGCUGGAAUUAGUCCUUCGGUUUUCCCAUAUAAUUUAAUGAUAUCCAGUAUGUGCAAAGGAGGAGAUUUGGGAACUGCUAGAAGAUUGUUCGAAAAAAUGAAACAAGCUGGCCUUAUGCCCGAUGUUGUCACAUAUAAUUCUCUUAUUGAUGCAAGUUGUAAAUUAGGCAAUCUAAAUGAUGCUUUGGAGCUGGCUAAUGAGAUGAUGCAGGCUGGAGUUCACUUGAACAUUGUCACCUACACAGCUCUAGUGGAUGGUCUUUGUAAAGGUGGGAGGAUAAAGGCAGCAGAAGAAGUCUUCCAGGCAAUGCUGAAAGCUGGAGUAAUUCCUGACCAUUUUAUAUACACAACCCUUAUGGAUGCUUAUUUCAAGGCUGGAAAAACUGCAGAGGCUCUCAAUCUGCUGCGGGAGUUACAGGACUUGAAUAUCGAGGUCAGCGUUGUUACUUAUUGUGCACUAAUUGAUGGUUUGUGCAAAAUGGGAUUGGUUGAAGAGGCAAUCAAGCAUUUUAAUAGCAUGGACGACAUUGGUAUGCAACCUAAUGUUGCAGUUUAUACAGCGUUAAUUGAUGGUCUUUGUAAAAAUAAUAGUAUUGAAGCAGCCAAGAAGCUGUUUGAUGAAAUGCUGGACAAGGGUGUGAUUCCUGAUAGAAGUUCUUACACUGCUUUAAUUGAUGGGAACUUAAAGCAUGGGAAUCUUCAGGAAGCUUUGAAUUUGCGAGACAUAAUGAUUGAUUUGGGUAUGGAGUUUGAUCUGCCGGCAUAUACUUCUUUGAUUUGGGGUUUUUCUCGGUGUGGCGAGGUGCAACGAGCAAAAGAGCUGUUUGAUGAGAUGAUUCAGAGGGGUCUCCUUCCUGAUGAGAUUCUGUGUAUAUGUCUAUUGAGGAAGUUUUAUGAGCUGGGAAAAGUGGAUGAAGCCAUUGAAUUGCAAAAUGAGAUGGUCAAAAAGCGUCUAAUUACUUGCAGUGAUGAUCUCGCAGUUCCUACUUUACAAACUUGAGAGAAAUAUAUUUCCAGCCUUAGUUCGACGGAGCUGUGUUCAGUGUUUGGAUCAGAAACACAACACAGUUUACCUUUCCUAAAUGGGAAUAUGAGAACCCAAGGUAUACAUAA